AUCAAACUCCAAUUUAUUAGUUAAGGAAUUAAGGAAGCCCCCGAAACCUUCCAUUUAUGUAUCCUACGAAUUAAAAUACCCACAGUCGAUAUAUUCACUCCUCAGCCGCCGCAUCACGCCGCAGUAUCAAAAUCAAAACGAGUGAACAAGAGAGAUUCACAUAACCGUAGCCGCCAUCAUUCGAAAGUGAACCGAUGGCCAUAACCGCCACCAUUUCAGUUCCAAUUACAUCACCUAGUACUCAUCGCUCUCUUGGUUCCGUGAAUUUCUUUAUCCCUUCUUCCCGAUCCAUUUUGGCUUCUCCACAACGCACUUUUCAAUACCCUAAUAAUUUCCGCCUCGUUGCUUCCUCUUCCAUGACAACUGAAUCUCCCGUUAAAACAACGACUUCCUCCAUUUCCUUCCUUCACCAAAACGAGACUGGAUUUCUCCAUUUCGCUAAGUAUCACGGCCUCGGAAACGACUUCGUUUUGAUCGAUAAUAGAGACUCUUCCGAGCCAAAGAUUAGUUCAGAGAAAGCUGUGCAACUCUGCGAUCGUAACUUUGGUGUUGGUGCUGAUGGAGUUAUUUUUGUCUUGCCUGGUAUCAAUGGCACUGACUAUACAAUGAGGAUUUUCAAUUCUGAUGGUAGUGAGCCUGAGAUGUGUGGCAAUGGAGUGCGAUGUUUUGCUAAAUUCGUUUCUCAGCUUGAGAGUUUACAUGGGAGGCACAGUUUCACCAUACACACUGGUGCUGGGAAGAUUGUUCCUGAAGUCUUGGAGGACGGAAAUGUCAGAGUUGAUAUGGGGGAACCAAUUCUUAAAGCAUCAGAUGUGCCUACUAAAUUGUCUCCAAAUAAGGAUCAUGCUGUUGUUAAAUCAGAGAUUGAUGUUGAUGGAGUUAUCUGGAAUGUGACUUGUGUUAGCAUGGGAAAUCCACACUGUGUAACCUUCAGUAGAAAAGGAAUUCAGAACUUGCUUGUUGAUGAACUGAAGCUAGCCGAAAUUGGCCCAAAAUUUGAACAUCAUGAGAUGUUUCCCGCACGAACUAACACAGAGUUUGUGCAAGUUCUUUCUGAUUCACACCUGAAGAUGCGUGUUUGGGAGCGUGGAGCAGGAGCAACUCUUGCCUGUGGAACUGGAGCUUGUGCUACAGUUGUUGCAGCAGUUCUUGAGGGCCAUGCCGGGCGGAACUGCACGGUUGAUCUACCUGGAGGGCCUCUUCAGAUUGAAUGGAAGGAUGAAGAUAAUCAUGUCUAUAUGACAGGUUCUGCAGACCUAGUGUAUUAUGGAUCUUUGCCCCUUUGAAAUAUUGCCCCGAAAUAAAUUCUUAAACCCAAUAAUUGGGGUUCGGAGAAUUAUGAAUUGCUUAGUAAUAAUAAGAGAAAAAGGAUCAUGCACUAGCACCCUUGAUUCUAUCAUCUCAUCCCAUGAUCGUAACUAUCAUUAUAAAAUAACUCAUCAAUAAACGGCUUGUGAUGGUUGUGAGUUUAAAA